GGUGGGAAGGCACGAGGAGGAUCCUCAUGUGAACGAAACUUUGAGCUGUAGGACAGAGGAGUCAGUCAAGAUCUGUGCAGCGACAGUGUUCGCCAUGAUGUGGACAAAAUGUCUCUGUCUCCUGUGGGCUUUGUCCGCCCUCGGUGCUCCGGUAAACAAACAGAGACAGAGAAUGCUGCUGAUCUCCUUCGACGGCUUCCGGUGGGAUUACGACCGCGAUGUAGACACUCCGAACCUCGACCAAAUGGCUAUGGAUGGAGUCAAGGCCCAGUAUAUCACACCUCCGUACCUCACCAUCACCAGUCCGACACACUUUACCCUCUUGACAGGCCUCUACGUUGAGAAUCACGGGGUAAUCCACAACAUGUGGUUCAACACAACCACCACGGAGAAGAAGCCGUACUAUCAGACCCUGUUUGUGAAUGAGUGGUGGGACAAUGGCUCUCUGCCGAUCUGGAUCACAGCGCAGAGACAGGGCCUGAAAGCUGGCUCUCUUCACUUUCCCGGCACAUCUUCCAGUUACCAGGGAGAAGUUGCUAUGGUGCGGGAAGUGGAGCCCAUUCUUUACAACUACAAGAAUGAGACGGCGUGGAGAGAGAACUCAGACAAGGUGAUGGGCUGGUUCAGGGACCAGGAUCUGGACUUUGUGUCCAUGUACUUUGGCGAGCCAGACGGCACAGGCCACAGAUACGGCCCAGACUCCCCGGAGCGCCAGGAGAUGGUCAAGCAGGUUGACAGAACUGUGGGCUACAUUCGACACGCAGCUGAAACUCACGGCUUGACCAACAGCCUGAACAUCAUCGUCACAGCAGACCACGGCAUGAGCAACGUGUACCGCAACGGUCUGGUGGAGGAGAUUACCCUGUCCGCCAUUCCGGGCUUCUCCUUCAGGGACGUGGCGUUUCACCUGGUGGAUUUCGGGCCCUCCGGGAUGCUUCUGCCAAAGCCGGGCAAGCUGGAGACGGUGUACAGCGCUUUGAAGGGCGCCCAUCCACACCUUCACGUUUACAAGAAGGAGGAGAUGCCCGAGCACCUCCACUUCGCCAAAAAUGAUCGUAUCCUGCCCAUCAUUUUAUGGGCCGACCCCGGAUACGUGAUCAAUGGGUAUUUCCCGGUGCAGUUCCACAAGGGCGAGCACGGCUUUGACAACCAAGACAUGGACAUGAAGCCCUUCUUCAGGGCAGUGGGUCCGGCGUUUCGCAAGAACCUGGAGGUGGGACCUUUCGAGUCGGUGAACAUCUACCCUCUGAUGUGUCACAUCCUGGGCAUCGAGCCGGAGGUCAACGACGGCCACCUGAACGCCACCAGAAACAUGCUGGUUACGAGCACUGGUACUCAGGGGGAAAAUAGGAGUGUCCUGUCAAACACCUUGACUGGAAUCGCUGCAGUGGCUGGAUUUCUUGCUGUAGUUCUUGUUGUUGUGACGUCCCACCAAAUACUCAAAAGAAAACGCAAGAACAAAAGAUCGGGAAGUGUGCAGGAUCUCCCAGAAAAAGAAAAUACAAAACAAACUGCACUUUGAUCAGCGCACCAAAAAGACUUCAGUGUGAGAUGGAGAACCAGCUGAUUAUUUCUCAUCGGUCCUGAGGAAUCAACAGAUACUAAUUGCACAAAUAACCUUUUUAAAAAUUCAGAUUUUUAGUUCAAAAUGGACAUUGAAAUAAUUAACACAUACGAGAGGAGAGAAUAAAAUAAAUACCUCAUUGAUUCACUUUGUGUUUACUUUGGUUAAUAAUUUGAGGAAUCGUCUAAUACAUAGUAAACGUGGUAUGUAUGUACUUUACUGUUUAAUAGCAUGUUGUUAUUAAACGUGGAAAAAACGUGAAAAUGUCUACUUUGACCUAUUUUUUUGUACAUUAUUCGAUUGUGCCAUGAAUUAAAAGCCCAUGGGACCUUACAUAGCAAAUAUGUAUCUUAUUAUGACUAAAUUACAAAAGUUUAAUAAAAUUUGAGAAUAAAAAUAAAAGUAGCAAAUGUACAUACUUGUAUGAUAUCUGUGAUUUAAGGUCUGAUUUGGAAACAAAGCCUUACUUUAUCACGACCAUAUCUGUACUUCAUGUUUCGAUCAGACGACGGUAUCUGCCGAGGGACAAAAUUCAUUGAACACGUUCUCAGUUACCCGCCUCUCUUAGCAUGAUAGUGUCAAGUGACGCACAGACUCAAAGAACUUCCGGUUACGAAUUUCACAAGACUAUCAUACUGUUCAGUCAUUAUCAUUUUCAUUUCCAAUAAAUAAAAAAUACACAUUAACACAAACACUGGAAUUAUGUGGUUCCUAUAUGAAAAUGUCCCUUUUUGUAGGAAGCUUUGGCUCGAUGUAUAUCUUAGAUAAAGAAGGAGAUGAAGAAGAAAUGAUAUGUCCUGCACUAUUUGUUAAGUUAAUUUACAGACAUGUAAUAGCUCUCUAUGUAAUUUGAUGUUUAAU